AUGGAUCAGGCAAUGCAGUUUGUUGAGCCAAGUCAGCAGUUUUUGGGCUUUUUCAAUUUGUUAAAGGGCUCAAUUCGACUGGUUGAAAGAUACACCAAAACCAAUAGAAAAGAAUUCCAGAAGAUUGCCAUGGCCACAGCGAUAGGAUUUGCUAUCAUGGAAUUCAUUGGCUUCUUUGUGAAACUGAUCCAUAUCCCUAUUAAUAACAUUAUUGUGGGUGGCUGA